AAUAAGAACGACGCAGGUGUAUACGUCUUCCGGUAUCAUUUUCAAGAGGACCGACGUCGCUAAUUUGACAAUAAAUGAUUAUUUUCGGGGUCAUGUUUGUUCAAUAUGGCGUAAUGUAUUGGAACUAAAUAGGUCGCAUUACAACGCUAUACUGUCCUGUUGGCGUUUUACCCCGAGUUCCCCCUCAUUGUUUUUCACGAGCAAGGCUAAAGCUAAAGAUAGCUAAACAUAGCCGAGCCGCACACGCUUUUCAGUAGUCAGUGUUUAAAACUCGUAGCUAUCUAGUCAUGGCCACUCGGCGUCUGACAGAUGCCUUCUUGUUAUUGCGGAACAAUGCGAUCCAAAACCGGCAGAUAUUGGCUGAGCAAGUGAGUACAAACGACCCCCGUCUGAGUACACGUAGCAAUGCUGCGGAACUUGAUGAGUUGACUGACGAUCGAAUGGCGUUGGUGUCGGGAAUCAGCCUAGAUCCCGAAGCAGCCGUCGGCUUCACCAGGAAGUUGCCCCCCAAAUGGAUAGAGGGCAUUGACGAGAUCCACUAUGAAAUCUCACGGGUUCGCCAGAAGAUGAAGGAUCUGGCUUUGCUUCACGACAAGCACAUGAAUCGGCCCACGCUGGAUGACAGCAGUGAAGAGGAGCAUGCAAUCGAAAUCACAACACAGGAGAUCACGCAGAUGUUCCAUCGAUGUCAGCGAGCCGUAACGGGCCUGCAGUCUCGCUGUGGCCACUGCACCGAGCAGGAGGAGCGGCUACUGAGAAACGUGGUCUCGUCGCUGGCACAGAGUCUACAGGAACUGUCCCUCAAUUUCAGGCACACGCAGUCCAGCUACUUAAAACGUAUGAAGAAUCGCGAGGAGCGAUCAAAGCACUUUUUUGACUCAGGACCAUUAAUGGAAGAGGACGAAGAUCUAGCUCUGUAUGACAAGGGCUUCACAGAUGACCAGCUGAUGCUGGUUGAGCAGAACACAGUCAUGGUAGAAGAGCGAGAGCGAGAAAUCAGACAGAUUGUUCAGUCCAUCUCUGAUCUGAAUGAGAUUUUCCGGGAUUUGGCCGGAAUGGUGGUGGAGCAGGGCACCGUUCUGGACAGAAUCGACUUCAAUGUAGAGCAAGCGGGUGUCAAAACAGAUGAAGGCUUGAAACAGUUACAAAAGGCAGAGCAGUACCAGAAGAAAAACAGGAAGAUGCUGGUCAUUUUGAUUCUCUUUGUCAUAGUCAUGGUUCUAAUUAUUAUUCUUUUUUCAACCAAGUUUUAAUCUUACAUUCCUUUUGCUCUCUGUGUGAAUGUUUGUUGUGGACCUCUGCUCAAAACCAAGUCGACAGGCCUUCACACCAAGCAGGAAUCAUGAAAUUUCAUGUCGGUUUCCUGGUGUGCUUUGGGCUGUACCAAGAUGGGUUUUUUUCUGUUUUUUUUUUAAAUCCAAGAAACAAGCAAGUAUGAUUGUGACUCGCGAGGCUGAUAUUUCACCAUGUUUGCGUAUCUGUCAAGUCAAAACAAUUUAUGGCACAGGACAAGCGUGAUACGUUGGUGCAGCAGAGUGGUUUCUGCUUACUUUCCAAAGUGAAAAUGGGGUUAAAAUUUUGAUCACGUAACAUUUUUAUGUUCUGGUUGAAUCAAGUGGUUGCAGGUAUCGCUGCUGGCCUGAUCCAUUCCGUCAUUUUCAGAUCAGCCAUUGUCAUCCGAAUCGAAAUCUUUUUUGUUUUUCGUGGUCUCUGCAUUAAGUGCUAUCUUUUAUUAACUGCAGUUUGCACAUUCUUGAGUCCUGAGCAAGAGGAAGGUGUCACAUGUUAAACUACUGUCAUCUGUAUGAUGAAAAGAAUUAUUUAUUUUUUAAAACUACAAAUGAUCAACAGGAGCGGAAAUAUUGUAUGUUAGGUAAAACAAGUAACUUAAAUUUUCACGUGCAUCACUCCACUCUGAAAAAAUGUGAUCCAUCCCAGACAACCCAUGGAGACAGAAUUAUGUUAGUCUGGUAUUAUUUUUGUUCUUGCUCUGUUUAUCUAUAAAGACUGAUAUGAUGAAGAGCUUUAUUUGACAAAUCUGUACUCCACUGUUGGGUCAGGGUGACCCCUGUCACAAGUGUCCUUGAACAACACAUCGCCCCAGUUGCUUCUCAGCUUGUGUCCUCAACAGUGUAAAUGAGCUGCUUAGUGACUAGCCGCCAUCAUCGGUGGCCCUCUUAAACAUUGUCAAAGCCGCCAUUUUUUUGUCAACCCUCGGAGGGUAGUCUAAAAGUCACAUUCUGCAAUGCCAGAACUGCAGUUUCUCCCACCCCCUUGUGUUGAAAGCACUUGUCAUUGUCAAGCAAGUAUUCGACAUGUCACACAGAGUUCUUCUGAUAUGAGAGUCUCUUAGUGUGUGAAGGACACACUUGGUGUGUGAUGGUAGAAGCUUUUCAAUGCAUUUUUAAAUAUAUAUAUAUGUUAAACCAUUUCUGUCAAUGUGAACAUGUGUGUGUGGAAAAAAAUGUGCAAGUGGUACUUGUAUGGAGUUUUUUUUUCUAAAGAAAAUAAACCUGCGAUGAUGGUGUAGCUUGA